CGUUGCAGCCUUGCAUCCCAUGACUCUUGGUACCAGUGUCUGGAUUGCGAACGAGUUCGUCUGUGUCUGGAUUGUGGGGAUAGGAACCACCCAUCACCUGCCGUUCACGAUUCCAACCAUCUUAUGCUCUGUUUAACACGCCCCCCUGGGUCAACUACCAAUAUCCGAUGGAGUGUCACACACACUGAUGACGACGCAGUCAUCGAUUUCAUUCGGGGCGGGCAAUCCGAGAUAGGCCAAGGCACCAUGCUUUUUGCGAUUUCUGUCGCGAAACGAUCAAAGGCCCAAGAUUUAAGUGUAUACAAUGCAGAGAUUUCGAUUUAUGCAAUCUCUGCAUGGUAUCUCGUGGUUCUUCACACACGCGUUCACAUCGUUUCGUCAUGUUUUACGAGACGGCGCACAUGGCAACCCUUCGCCGGGGGAUCGAUCCUCGUAGCCGUUUUCUAGUCGCGAACGGACUCCGUGGGUCCCGUAUGACGCGUGACCCUAGCGUGCGAUGUGACUGGUGCCAACAACAAAUCAGCGAGGUCCGAUAUAAAUGUUUGACAUGCCCAGAUUUCGACGCGUGCGAUGCAUGUUUUAGGCGCAUGCGUGGGGCUCAUUCUGAUCAUUCCUUCGUCAAAGUGAACUCCGAUUCCGACAUCAUCGAACCGAGUAACAUUCCAACUGUAGUCCGACAUGGAGUGUCAUGUCACCGUUGUAGGAACAGGAUACGCGGGGCACGCUAUAUGUGCCUGCACCCUACGUGCCGGGAUAUCAAUUUCUUUCAGGGAGGAUUACACAGCUGUAACAUCAACGCGUUCGCGAGGGGAGGAUGUAAAAAUGCCUAGAUCCUAUUGGGAGACCGUGUUCGACUUCGCUCGCAGUUCGGGAGAAGCACUGUUAGCACGUCGCACCCAGGAUUCUCCCGGAAUAAC